ACCGUCGGGUUAAAUGACUCCGUCAAGAGCUAUAACAACAGACACUUGUCCCGUUAGCUGCAUGAAAAAGGUGUCAACUCUCACUCGAAAUGGCUAAAUUAAAACAAAGUUAGGCCAUGGAACCAAAAGAGUUAAUGCAACGUUUCGAUACUCGCUCGCGCUUGUUGCUUGGAGCUCUCAUCUUGGGUUCAGCUGGAGUUUCUAAAGCGCUGAAAGUGUUCAAUCGACAGCGCAUUUCGGAUACUGAUUUCCCACUGCGAAAAAUACUGGUACGGCUGUGCGAAGAAGAACCCUGUUUAGAUAGGGAGAGCCAAGCGCUGACAUCAAAGCCGUUGGUGUGCUUGUUUCCUGCGUCAUUCAAAUGGAGUCUCUUGUCCUUUCUACACCUCGUACACACCAUCCUUCCAAAGGACUGCAUCCUCAGUUUGACAGGCUGUUUGAGCCGAGAGGAAAAUGCAGCUCCAUGGACUGCUUCCCUGGUAGGCCAGCUGCACCGAGACAUACGAGACGGAGGUAGCAGGGAGAUUCUGACUCCACAGUGCAAAACGAGUGUCAGAGAACUUUGUGUGCAGUUCAAGGGCACGGGUCGAAGUGGCGGAUGGUCCUCUUACUUCGCCAAAACAAAGAUCUGUGAAACGGACACAGUCCCCUCGAGUCAGUCACAGAAAAGGAAAAGUGGGGAAUUGGAUGUGGACUCUAGCCACGAAGGACAACAGAGCAAGAGGAUGAAGAUGGAACUGCCCACCUCUGGUGGUGGUGGUGGUGGUGGUGUAGGCCUAUUAGAGGAGGCUGCUGAAGAGAUGGAGGCGUCACCAUCCAAAGAGUCUCCUCAGGACCAAACUCCUGUUGAUGAUGCAGUAGCAUCACUGUUGCCUCCACCUGACUCCAGCUGUGUUAUCCUACCAGACCACAUUAAGGCUGCCGUUCCAGUAAUUAAGGAGCUUCUAGAGACUGAAAUGGAGUGGGAUCAAAGCACUGUGGCAGCCCUUGGAGUGCUGAAUGAAUGCGACCCUAUACAAGUGGACAUGCUAUGUGGGCUGCUGCAGCUGGACGAGGUGCCGGAGCAGCCCUUGGCCCAGUUCUGCUCCUGCCUGCUGGCCCUGUCUCCAGACCUCAGCCACAGCGUGGCCGCCGCCCUCAUCAGGAACCUGCUGCUCAACAAGGUGAUCAGUCUGUCAGAACCAGCCUCCCGGUGGUUGUCGUCGGCCGUGUCAUCAGUGUGCGCCCGCUACCCCAGGCCCAUGUGCCAGGAACUCAUCAAACCUAUUCUGGAGGGAGACCAGACAGGAACUGUUCAAGUUGAACUAAUCUGCAGACUUAUCGAGGACUCCCUUGAGCCCCAGUAUAGACUGCUGGUCUUUGGAAUGACUCUCUCUGGAUCCUGGAAUGAGAGUAUACUCUCAGUCAUCCACUGUCUUCUGGAGACUAGGUUGGAAUUGACAGAUGAAUGUUUCACACGGUUCACGAAUCAUCUCGGCAGUCAGUCGCCCAGUUUUGUCAAGUCCAUGAAGUUUGCCAAGAUGCUGCUCACAGUGCUGACCAAAUACCAAAGCCAUAUUAAAGGUGGAUGCAGACACACUCUAUCCUGCUGUCUAGAUGCUAACGGAACAUUUCUGAAGAAAUCCCUUCAGGCGGCGCUCAAACGGAUUUCCCACUAAUGAGGGACCUCAAGUAGAAACUAGCGCAUUGACAACCGAUGGAUACUUUAACUCUUGAAAUUAACACUAAGGAUAAAUAUAAUGUAUUUAUAGUAAAAAUGAUAGUGUUUAAAUGGGGUUUUAUUGCAUUAUCAGCUGCAGGCCUACAUAAAUGCCUGCUGUUACACUGUCGUGCUGUGUACAACUGUUUUCUGUCCUUGCUGUCUUAACUCCCUCCCACCCCCAUAUACCUCCCUCUCAGAAUAGCAACCCAUUCAUAGAUUAUGGGGGUUUGUUAUUUAAUAAUACACAGAGGACGUUUCACAAUUAUUUUUGGUGAUCCACAAAUAUUUCACUGUCCACAUGACUGUAUUUAUCUGUUCUGUGCAAAUUCAUAUCCACAAAAAUACAAAGUGAAUUAUACUUUAUGUUUAGGUUUUGUGCAUUUGUUGAUCGUGUCCAUUUGUGGCUUGUGUCAUUUGUGAUUUUCUUUUUAUUUAUUAUGCAGAUUUGUCCAAUGAUCAAGUAAUAUCCACAGAAAUACAGGGCAUUUUGCAAAUAAUUAUGCAUAACUCAGUACAGUGCUGGGAAUGAAGAAACAUUUCUUGCCACCCCUGGUUGAGUAAAAAGAGGUCUUUUUUUACGUCCUUAAGGUCACCAUCUGAUAUGAUUUUAUCAUAACCUUUCAAUGAAAACAAUACCGUAAUUUCCAGACUAUUAGCCGAGGCUUAUACAUUGAUUUUGCAAAAUUUCUUCAGCUAUGAGGUUAAUACAGGGGGGCAGUAAAUAUGGUGUUAAUAUGGUUUUGUUUCUUUUGACUGGCAUAAAACACUGUCCUGCGGCUUAUACACAAUGUGGCUUAUAUGCGGGAAAUAACUGUAAGGGGAAAUCCAGCCUUGAAGUGAAGCAAAUUUACUCUUGAGAAAAAGGAACAACAGAUUAGAUUUUUGGGGUUUGAUUGACUGAUUGAUUGAUUGAUUGAUUAUUAAUUGGGUAGCAUUUUUGUUUAAACAGUUCGGAGAAUAAUGCUAUUCUGUAUGAUACUGUAUUCUGUAUGAUACUCUGUA